AUGAACUCGAAUCUUCCAACCGUCCACACCGAAGAUUCCUUCGGCAGCUUGCUCGAGCUCGCCGCCAACAAUGACCUGCUGGCAUUCAAAGACCUCGUCGAUCGCCACCUCUCCAUUAUCGACUCGGUGGGCCCUUGGUACAGCCGCCAAAAAGGCUCGAGUCAGAUGGCGUUACACCAUUUGACCCCACUAAUGGUUGCCGCUACUUACGGCAGCCUCGACGUUCUGAAGCUCAUCGUCUCAUCCCCAGAAGUCGAUGUGAACCGUCACUGUGGGCCCGACAAAAGCACUGCCCUUCACUGUGCUGCCUCCGGCGGGUCCCCCGACUCUCCGGCAGCUGUCCAGUUGCUUCUGGCUGCCGGAGCUGACCCCAACCUGACCGAUGCCGAUGGUCGCCGCCCGAUCGAUGUUAUCUUUGUUCCACCAAAGUCGCACGGCACGAAAUGUACCCUCCAAUUGCUGCUAGCGACUGAUGACGAGGAAAAUGAACCCGAAGGCCCGAACUCGCCGGUGCCGGAGGAUGGGGAGAAAUUGGGCCGGGCCCAAACGCCUGCCCCGGAGAGGAAAGAGUACCCGGUCGACCCUUCCCUGCCCGAUAUCAAGAACAGCAUUUACUCAACCGACGAGUUCCGUAUGUUCUCGUUCAAGGUUCGACCUUGCUCGCGGGCCUAUUCGCACGACUGGACUGAGUGCCCGUUUGUCCACCCGGGAGAGAAUGCUCGGCGGCGGGAUCCGCGUAAGUACCACUACAGCUGCGUGCCGUGUCCAGAGUUUCGAAAAGGGUCGUGCAGGCGGGGGGAUAUGUGUGAGUAUGCACACGGGGUCUUCGAAUGCUGGCUCCACCCGGCCCAGUACAGAACCCGGCUUUGUAAAGAUGGGCUGGGCUGUGCCCGGCGUGUCUGCUUCUUUGCGCACGCGCAAGACGAGCUCCGCCCGUUAUACGUCUCGACUGGGUCCGCCGUGCCUUCCCCUCGCUCGAGCGUAGAAUUCCCGUUUAACCCUCCGUCUCCAUUCACGCCGCCAAUCUCCCCCUCGGCGGUGGCUGCCGGAGGGCCGUGGGGAGCUCCAGCGAAUGUGCCGCCGCUGCACCUUCCGGGAACCGGCGGCGGGGGCGGCCUCCAGUCGAGCCGCUUGCGCUCGUCGCUCAAUGCUCGGGACAUUCACGAGGAGCUGGAUCUCUUGGGUAGGGCCUCGUUCGGGCCGAAUACUCUUAUUAUGCCUUCGAAUCUCGAGGAUAUGUUCUCGGCUGAGGGCCCCCCGUCUUCUUCUUCCCCAAGAUAUGCCGAUUUCUCGCACAAUCAGUUCCAACAGAAUGUGCUGUCUCCGGUAAAGACAGCUCUGCUAUCGCCGAGAAAUAUCGAUCACUCUUUAAUGCUCCUGAGCUCGCGGGAUCUUGGGUCGGGGGUGAACUGGUCGAAUUGGGGCCUGGCCCAUAAUGGGUCGUCCGAGUGGGCCUUGGGUGGAGUGGAUCACGAGCUGGGUGGGAGGCUGAAGAGGUCUUCGUCAUUUGAUCUUAUGAAUGACGAGGAGGAGCCGGACCUGUCGUGGGUCCAGUCGCUCGUGAAGGAGUCCCCACAGGAAUUGAAGGAAAAAUCGGUGGUGUCUCGUUUGGCUGGGAAUGGGGGCGGCGCAAGUUCGUCGUCUGGUGGAGGGGCUGUGAUUUCGAGCGAGCAGAUUGAGGACCAAUCGGUUUUAGGGGCGUGGCUCGAGCAAAUGCAGCUCGACCAGCUGAUGGCUCAGUGA